GUUUGGAGUGUCCAUAAUCCGAGGAUGUUGUAACAACAAACUAUAAAAUAAACACUAGCGUCGCCCUGACCUACAGAGAAGCAUGAGACUAACUACUCUAUCUGUUCUCCUCAUCUACUCGCUGCUAGGGGACGGGAUUUGUGCAGGAUACGAGAGAAGGAAUGUUAAGAGCGGAAAAAGUAAAUUCAAGAGCAGGAAAGCUGAUAACGCAGGAAAAUCAAGCCUGUCUACAGCCGAACUCAAUGUGACGGCACCUGCAACAAAACAAAGACUCAGGUUCGGUAACCAUGGCAACCAAACGUUAUACAAUGGCGGUCGUCUUGAGGUCCAUAGAGGUGGGAAAUGGGGACCAGUUUGCGAUGAUAGUAUGGACAUCGUCGAUGGUAACGUGGCCUGUAAACAAAUGGGCUACAUCAGGGGUGCCGAGAGAAUAUAUGACGAGUCCUUCUUUGGAUUGGGAUCUUGGAAGUCCACAGACAUACUAAUGGAUGAAGUCAGCUGUACUGGAGAAGAGCGGGAAUUUUUAUCAUGUCCCUACACAAUCAACCAUGACUGCUCCGUUCAUGAAUUUGUAUCUAUUCUCUGCAAAGAAAACACAGGGUGUGACAAGGGCUGGAUAGCUGGACCAGAGGGCUGCUACAAGCUGCACACAUCUGCCAAAAACUAUCAAAAAUCCAGAAAGAUGUGUGCUAAGGAAGGAGGUCAUCUGACCAACAUAGAGACCAUGACAGAACACAAUUUUCUUUCCUUUCUUCUGUACACAGUUGAUGAUGGUACUGACAUUUGGAUGAUUGGAGGAAGACGCAAAAAAUCAAAAUGGUAUUGGGAAAAGUCUAUACGCAUUCAAAAGGAAUCAAAGAAUACACAGAGGAAAAGGAACAACAGGAAACCAUCUCUACAAACAAUCAAAUCUGACAUGGCUUACAGCGCGUUCUUUCCAGGUUGGCAGCCGACAAAUUACAGCAGACAACCCUCCAAAAUGAGAGGGGAAUACUGUGUUGGCCUAGCCAGUCAGUAUCUACACCCCAAUGGUUCAGCAUUGUCAGUCCAGUACUACUUCUUCGAUGACAUUAAGUGCAAAACAAAUAACAAAUACAGGUUUGGGUUCAUCUGUGAAAAGCCACUGCAAAAAGGGGACCAGCCAGCUCUAAGACAGGCCGAGGAGUGUUUUACUGGAAACGGCGAGUCCUACAGAGGAAGAGUAGCAGAAACAACUUUGGGAACUCCCUGUCAGAAAUGGUCAAAAUCAGCCUCCAUUAAUGACGACACACAUCCUGGAAAGGGUCUAGGAGAUCACAAUAUGUGCCGUAACCCUGACGACGGCAAAGGUCCCUGGUGUUGGGUGGACGUGGAACGUGAUCGGUUUGGAUACUGUUCUGUAUCUAAAUGUGAAUCUUCUAGCACAACUGCAACAGUGUCCAUCAACAAAGAUUGUUAUACUGGGAAUGGUGAGUUAUAUAGAGGGAGUAUAUCAGAAACAACUAUAGGAUCCCCCUGCCAAAGAUGGUCAAAAUCAGCUAGUAUCAAUGACGUCACUCAUCCUGGAAAGGGCCUAGGAGACCAUAAUAUGUGCCGUAACCCCGACGACAGCAAGAGUCCCUGGUGUUGGUUGGACGUGGAACGGGAUCGUUUCGGAUACUGUCCUGUAUCUAAAUGUGAAUCUUCAAGCACAACAACUGCAACAGUGUCCAUCAACAAAGACUGCUAUAUCAAUGAUGGAAAGUUUUAUAGAGGGUUUGCCAACACAACAGAUAAAGGUUUCAAUUGCCAAAACUGGAAAUCUACCGGCAGAAUGAACCUAACAUCUGAUUCAGAAAAGGGAUUAGGAAACCACAACUUUUGCAGGAACCCUGAUGGCGACUCCAGACCAUGGUGUUGGGUGAGGUCCAACCGAAACGAGUUUGACUAUUGUGUAGUGCCUCGGUGUUCUGAACUUGUUACAACAGAUCAACCUAUCGCCAUGACAAGCGAGGCACAGAUAGAUUGCCCCGUCGACAAUUUCUUCUGCCACUCAAGUUCCUCAGACGUAUGUAUUCCAGAACUCUUUCGGUGUGAUGGAGAAAAGGACUGUCAAUUCAAUGAAGAUGAAGAAACCUGUGAGUAUACCUUGCCGCUUUACACAAAAGAGAAAAAUUUUGCUCUUACAAAGGGAGGAGAAGAAGCCUACGAAAAUAUUCCACUCGAACUGUGUGCACGAUAUUGCGCACAAUCCACCCGAUUUAUUUGUCGCUCUUUCCACUAUUUGAUCGGGAAGAGGGAGUGCUUUUUAUCCUCACUGAACAGAGAGAGGGUGACGAGCAGGGGAAAUUACUCUUCUGCCUAUGACUAUUAUGAACUGAAGUCUCAGAUAAAUGGGUGCAUUGAUAAAUUCAGGUGUAGGAAUGGCCACUGCAUUGACCAGAGUCUACACUGUAAUUCUCAUGAUGAUUGCGGAGAUCUCUCGGACGAGGAGGAGUGUGCGGGAAAUACCAUUCCACCUUUGGGAAUUCGCCUGGUGGAUGGGGAUAAUGAGUAUUCCGGGAGGGUGGAGCUUCAGUACUAUGGAGAAUGGGGAGUGAUUUGUGAUGACAACUGGGACAUCAAUGAUGCACAAGUUGUCUGCAGGAUGCUAGGCUUCGAAGGGGGAGCUGAAAAAGCAGAACGAUUUGGGGCAUUUGGACUUGGAAACAGUAACUUCCUGUUGGAUGAAGUAAACUGUACUGGAGGCGAGAGCUCCUUGGAGGAAUGCAACAAGAACCCCUGGAAGGAGCAUGACUGCAGGAGCUACGAAGUGGCCGGUGUUGUUUGCUAUCCGUCCAAAGCAUGUACAGAGAAGGAAUUUCAAUGUGACAAUGAGAGAUGUUUGAUUCCUCAGCAAGUGUGUGAUGGAACAGAGCAUUGCAGAGAUGGUUCAGAUGAACAAAGCUGUGAUAUACAAGUUAACCUUGUAAACGGAGAGACUCCAUAUAGUGGAAGAGUGGAGAUUGUCAGGAAUGGGAUGAGAGGAACUAUCUGUGAUGAUGGCUGGACUGACGCCAGUGCUAGGAUAAUCUGCAAAAUGUUGGGAUUUAGAGGGGGUCAGGCCAAGGCCGAUGCAACCUUUGGGGCAGGGUCAGGGGUCAUCUGGCUGGACGAUGUUGAGUGUCGUGGUAACGAAACAUCUCUGUUAGAGUGUUCAAGCAGACCUUGGGGGCAACAUAACUGUGGACAUACAGAGGAUGCAGGCGUCAUUUGUGAAGGUGUCUUCGAUGAUACAACGAAACAAACUACGACAACACCUAGAUCAACGACUCAAUCAUCUACAGGCAACAUUACUCUGGUUAACAGUGACGUACCCAGUAGAGGCCGCAUACAACUCUGGUAUAAGGGAGAAAAGGGAUCCAUUUGUGACGAUGACUUUGAUGAAAAAGACGCCACGGUUGUGUGUCAAAUGUUUGGAUACAGGAGUGGGAAACCGUCUAAAUUGUAUGGUCCUGGAAAAGGUGUUAUUUGGUUGGAUAAUCUUGGAUGUCAUGGAAACGAAUCUCACAUCGAGGAUUGUAAUCACACAGGCUGGGGGGUUUCAGACUGCACACAUGAUGAAGACGUGGGAGUAGACUGCGAAGACGACUCUGUUGCUCCCCCCGAGGUGAGAGUGAGGCUGGUGGAGGGGAAGACCCCCAGUGAAGGGCGGGUGAUGUUAACUGUAGGGGACGUGACAGGGACUGUGUGUGACGACUACUUCACUGAUAUAGAGGCCGGCGUAGUGUGUCGUAUGAUGGGUUACAGGACAGGCGUUGCUACUGAAGGAGGAUAUUUUGGUCCUGGUUCUGGGAUGGUUCUCCUUGACAAUGUCAGAUGUCAGGGUACAGAGAGAUCCUUGUCUCAUUGCAGAAACGAUGGGUGGGGCAUCAGUAAUUGUGAGCAUCCCGAAGAUGUUGGGGUUAUUUGUGACGCCCCUCCCACCACAAUAGCAACCACUACAAGUAGUCAGGGAUCAGUAGAUGAUGAAGUGAUCAUUCGCUUGGUUAACAAUGUUGAGGGAAUCGAAGGACGAGGAACUUUGGAAUUGGAGUACAACGGAGUUAAAGGAUCAGUGUGUGAUGAUGACUGGGAUGACCUUGAUGCCAAGGUCGUGUGUACAAUGCUAGGAUACAGGAGUGGAGUGGCAGUAUCCAAUGCAAGGUUUGGGCGUGGAUCAGGUCCUAUUUACUUGGAUGAUGUUGCUUGUUAUGGAACAGAGGAUUCCUUGUUGGACUGUGACAGUUCUGGAUGGGGCCAGAGCAACUGUGCACACAACGAAGACGCAGGGGUCAUAUGUUACUCUGCAGAUGAGAUAUCAACUGAUGAUAUCAACCAACUUCCCACUGAUUGUGGUAGACGACCAAUGGAGGAUGUGAUUAACUCGAGACGAAAACGAGACACUAGUGAAAGAACGGUUGAGGACUGGGGACCUCCUUUAAAAAUAUUUGGAGGAUUAAAUGCUGAUUAUGGGAUGUUUCCAUGGCAAGUGGCGAUCAGAAAAGUCAUCUAUCGAACAAAAACCAGAAAAAUAGAUGCCCAACACUGUGGCGGUAUCGUCCUUAGCCGGUUCUGGAUUCUGAGUGCUGCCCAUUGUUUUGAUGAUGAAGUUAAGUCCGAUCUUAUCAUACGGGUUGGAGACCUGAACAACAAAGAGCCUGAUUCUGAUGAGGAAGAGUUUGAGGUGGAGGAAAUUUUUAUGCAUGAGGGCUAUGACACUAAGACCUAUGACAAUGACAUAGCUUUGAUUAAGAUAACUCUAAAAGAUGGUCGAGGAAUCAUGGCUGGGAUGUACGUCCAACCUGCGUGUCUGCCUUCUGAUAACACACCGUACACUGAGGACUUGGACUGUUAUAUAUCAGGGUGGGGGGCGACUUCAUUAGGUUCUCCAAACAAAUUGAAGUAUGCAGAAGUUCCUAUCAUUGAUCGUAAUAUAUGUCGUAACGUAUAUAAACGUCUGACUCCCAGCAUGUUUUGUGCUGGAUACCUGAAAGGUGGCAUAGACAGUUGUCAGGGUGACAGUGGAGGGCCUCUUGUCUGUAAAGUCGGGGGUAAAUACACUGUAUUGGGAGUGACAUCGUGGGGAAGAGGUUGUGGUGAUCCAAAUUCUCCAGGAGUGUACACAAUUGUCAAGAGUCAUCUACAGUGGAUCCAGGAUAAACUUCAAACAUGAGGAAAAAUACACUGUUGCAAUCAUGAAUGCACAAUCUGCUACUUUAAAAAAAAAUUAAAUGCAAAUUAAAAGUAAAUCAUGCAUCAUUAUCAUUGUUUGAUAAUAAAACAAUACCAAUUCCAUGUA